AUGUUAGGCUUGAUUGAAACAAAAAAGGAGGUUAUUUCGAAAUAUGAUGUUGCCAGGGUAUGGGGAAGUAGUACGGUAGGAUGGGAGUUUGUGGAAUCUGUUGGGGCAGCUGGUGGACUUCUGUUGAUGUGGGAUGAUAUGAUGUUUCAAAAAAGUAAUUGUUAUAAAGGGGAGAGGUGGUUGUGCGUUGAAGGUGUGUUAACGAAGAAUAACUUCCAGUGUGCCUAUUGUUUGGUGUACGGGGCACAUGGGAGGGAAGAAAAGAGGGUGGUGUGGGAGGAAUUGAGUUAUAUUGCGGGAUUGUGUCAGGUUCCUUUCUGUUUGUUGGGAGACUUUAAUGAGAUUUUACAAGUUGCGGAUCGCAAAGGGGGGAUGAGUUUGUCGGUCUCAGCGGAAGAGUUUAAAAGUUGGGUUCAAGACAUGCAGCUAGUGGAUCUACCCCUUACUGAUAGGAAAUACACAUGGUUCAGGGGUCAGUCUUGUAGCAGAAUAGAUAGGGUGUUGGUUAAUAUUGAAUGGGUGGAAGAAUUCCCUGACAUUAGGCUGAAAGGUGGUCCAAGGGGCUUGUCCGAUCAUUGCCCGUUGAUUGUGGAUGAUACACUGGUAAGAGGGGGUCCUCGACCGUUCAGGAGUUUGGAUUCCUGGUUUACACAUGAGGGUUUUCUAUUGACAGUAAAAAAUGAAUGGCGAAAAUUGGGAGGUACUCCGUUCCUUGGUAAACUGAAGGCCUUGACGACACCUUUGAGACAAUGGCAUAAGGAUAAUUUUGGUGAUAUGGAUAAUAGGAUUAUGAAGUUUGAGGAUGAGAUAAGGAAACUGGACGAUCAGGUUAGUGAGGGAAUCUAUGACAAUACAACGGAGGCUAGACGGAAGGCGUUGGUGAAAUUUUGUGGAAAGUGGUACGUUAGGAAGGAAAUCCAUUGGAAACAGUUGUCUCGGUCCAAACAUGCUAGGGAUAUGGAUAGGAAUACCAGGUAUUUUCACAACAUUGCCUCAGCUAGAAGGCGGAACAACAGGAUUGAUGCUCUGAUAAUCCAUGGGAGACUUGUAAGGAAUCAAGCAAGGAUAAAGCAUGCAAUAAGGGGAUUCUACAAGGAGUUGUAUCGACAGGAGACUGCUCCACGGAUUGGUAUUCGGAAUGGGUUGUUGAAGCAAAUUGGUAGAGAUUUGUUACUGUUGAGGCAGACGCUUUGGAGGUUCUACCUUCUGUGGAGGAAAUCAGGGAGGCAGUUUGGGAUUGUGAAUCUUCUAAGGCCCCAGGUAGUGAUGGGUACAAUAUGA